AUCAGCCUAUUAUGGACUUGAUACUUCACUUACAGCAAAGGACUGGUCUCAGAGUGGUGCUAUAAUUAUCAUGAUUACAGAGUUCAGAGAAAGGCAGGCAUUCAGCUACAAUUAGUGCACACUGUUUCUUACCGCUUCCUAUGCAGCUGUCCCAGGACCAGCUAGAGGCAGAGGAGAUUGUUCGAACUCAACGAUCUAAUCAAACAGCACUUGUCUCUUCCCGAAGAGAGCCUCCUCCAUAUGGCUUCAGGAAGACUUGGGUACCUCGAACAUUAGAGGAUUUUGGCGAUGGGGGUGCUUUUCCUGAGAUACACGUUGCUCAAUUCCCUUUGGAUAUGGGGAGGAAAAAGAAGGCAUCCAAUGCUUUGCCAGUACAAUUGGAUGCAGAAGGGAAAAUUAAAUAUGACGCAAUUGCACGGCAAGGGCAAGCAAAAGAUAAGGUAAUAUUCAGCAAGUUUACUGACUUGAUUCCAAAAGAAGUUCUAGAGGAGGAUGAUCCUUCAUUACAAAAGCCAGAUGACGAAUCAGUUCGAGAGCUUUCAGAAAAGACAAGACAGGCCCUUGAAAAAGCUGUUACACAGAAGGUGGCAGCAGCCAUGCCAGUAAGAGCAGCUGACAAACAAGCCCCUGCUCAGUACAUCAGGUAUACCCCUUCUCAGCAGGGUGUUGCUUUUAACUCUGGAGCUAAGCAGAGAGUUAUUCGUAUGGUGGAAAUGCAAAAGGAUCCCAUGGAACCUCCACGAUUCAAGAUUAACAAGAAGAUUCCACGUGGACCCCCUUCUCCUCCAGCUCCUGUCAUGCAUUCUCCUAGCAGAAAGAUGACUGUAAAAGAACAACAGGAGUGGAAAAUCCCCCCUUGUAUAUCUAACUGGAAGAAUGCCAAGGGUUAUACAAUUCCAUUAGACAAGCGUCUGGCUGCUGAUGGAAGAGGUCUUCAGACAGUGCACAUUAAUGAGAACUUUGCAAAACUUGCAGAAGCCCUUUACAUUGCUGACAGAAAGGCUCGAGAAGCUGUAGAGAUGAGAGCACAAGUAGAGAGGAAAAUGGCCCAAAAGGAAAAGGAGAAGAAGGAGGAGAAGCUUCGAGAACUAGCCCAGUUUGCUAGAGAGAGGAGAGCUGGGAUUAAAACUCAUGCUGAGAAAGAGGAUCCAGAAGCAAGAGAGAGGGAUGAAAUUCGACAUGAGAGAAGAAAAGAGAGGCAACAUGACCGAAAUAUCUCCAGGGCAGCCCCUGAUAAAAGGUCAAAACUGCAGCGGGAUCAAGAAAGGGAUGUUAGUGAGCUCAUUGCUCUGGGACAGCCCAAUCCUCGAACUUCAAAUGAAGUCCAGUAUGACCAAAGACUGUUUAACCAAUCUCAGGGAAUGGACAGUGGCUUUGCUGGUGGAGAGGAUGAAACUUACAAUGUUUAUGACACAGAAUGGAGGGGAAAGGAUACUGCGCAGAAUAUCUACAGACCCAGCAAAAACAUAGACAAGGAUAUGUAUGGUGACAACCUGGAUACAUUAAUGAAAAACAAUCGAUUUGUUCCAGAUAAAGAGUUCUCUGGAUCUGAUCGCAGGCAGCGCAGAGAAGGACCUGUUCAGUUUGAGGAGGAUCCUUUUGGUCUGGACAAGUUCUUGGAGGAAGCCAAGCAGCAUGGUGGCUCCAAACGGCCCUCUGACAGUGGCCGUUCCAAGGAACAUGAGCAUGAUAAAAAACGAAGAAAAGAGUGAAUGGAUUUUAGUUUAACAAAGAUAGUUACAUUUCUGUAAAAUAGCCAGAAUCGAACAGAAGCCCACCUACUGUCAUAAUGUGGAUUCUGGAAGUUAUGUUUUAUCAACUUAACUGUUUGUAUUUUGCUGUCUUAAAUGCAGUCCAAUAGAAAUAAAAAGCUGAAGGUUCCUUGGCCAAGGUAUGCCAUGGACACUUGUCCCCAAGCAAUUUCACAGUGCAGUGCACUUUGGCAUCCUUCAGUCUAAUAUUCGGAGGCAGCCACUAUGGCCAUGCCAGUAGUCCUUUUCCUUUAGUUACUAAGAACCAUGUUUGUGGAAUCCUGUUUAUAUAUUAUACAUCAAGACACCAUAAAUAUGAAGAUAACUUUUUAUUUGCUAUUGUACAUACACAUUAAACAUCAGAAAUAGCUGUCA